UUAAUGGUGGGUAUAUAGUAUAUAUGUAUUGCUUUUGAAAAUCCGUUUUCUAUUUCGAAUUUAGUAACUUACUUUAGUUCAGUUUGUGACAGCACGCACAGUGGUUGACCGGUAGAUUUGGAUUCGCAAAAAUAUAAAGUGUUCUAAAAAGCCUUUUCGAAAAUGGAAACUCAAAACAGUGGCGCAGAUAAUGUGGAAACCCAACAACAACAACAGCAAACAGAGACAUUAACGUCGACAGACAACACCAAAGAAUGCCCCAAACGCAUUAAACGCGAGGCGAGCUGGCCUUCUGUGCUCUUUUACCUGCAUUUGCAUAUACUUGGACUCUAUGGAAUUUUUAUAAUGUUUACGAGUGCCUCAUUGCUGACAAUAUUAUUCACAUUCACUUUGACCUUUCUGGGUAUUUUGGGUGCAACGGCUGGUGCUCAUCGCCUGUGGGCGCAUCAAACGUAUACAGCUAGCACUUCGCUAAGAAUAUUCCUGAUGCUGUGUCAAACCCUAGCUGGACAGGGCUCUAUCUAUGGAUGGGUACAAACGCAUCGUCUGCAUCAUCAGAAAUUCCGGCAAGAAGAUGAUCCCUUCUACAGCGGACGCAAUUUCUUGGCCGCACAAGUGCAUUCACAAAUCAUGAGCUACACACCGGAACAAGAACAAUUGCUCAAGCAAGUCGAUAUGUCGGAUAUCGAAGAGGAUAAGGUGGUUAUGUUUCAAAAAAAGUAUUACUGGGUGCUCUACUUCUUCUUGCACGUUCUGUUGCCCGUCAAUGCACCGCUUGAGUAUUGGGGCGAUUCGAUCGCGUCGGCCACUUUCGUGGCUUUCUCGCUGCGUUACCUGAUCGUUUUGAAUGUCUGUUGGCUUAUUAAUUCGGCACAUUUCAUUUGGGGUUUGGACAAAAACUUCAAAGCCUCCGACUCGAAUAGCGUUUUCUUCAUAACGAAGAGCUAUUGGCCGCAAUACCACUAUCUGUUGCCCAAUGACUAUCAGAGCGGUGAGUUCGGCGAUUAUAGCAACGACUUCAUUACAGCGAUGAUACGUGUAUUUGCUGCUCUCGAUUUGGCCAUGGAUCUGCGCACCAUAAGUUCGGUGGCCGUGCGCAAAGGUUUGACGACUGCUGUAGAAACGGGACGUCCAAUUGUCGAAUGCAUUCAGCAGCACGCUACGGAGGAAUUUGACGAAAUGCCGAAGAAUCAUUUCUUGAAUCGCGAUCGUUUUAUGUAGAGUGUAUUUAAUCGAUACUGUAUUUGAGUAUAGCAUUAUUAGUCAAAUAAUAUAGACAUGAUAUUCACCUUUUGCACUGAUGAGUGUAAUCUUAUGAGAAACCUCAGCUUUUUUCAAAUAAAUAUCAAUCAAUAAA